AUCACACCAAAAGCAAAAAUACCAGAUUAAAUUUACUGUAAAAUGGAUUACGGAAUAAAUAGAUGGAAAUUAAAAAAAAUCUUCCCAUGCAAGUUUUUUUAUUCUUUUCUUUUAUUAGUCUUGGUGUUCAUGUAAUGAGAAAAACCGUGAGCCUCUAAUCUGUUGAUGUGUUUUCCAGCAGGUGAGGAGGCCGCCCUCUCUCCAGCCAAGCUGGGUAAUGCAGACCCCUCCAAGCUGUUGGCCUCGUCUCCCUCCGUCAGCCCGUCCAGAGGAUGGAUCCCGUCUCCCAGCCAUGACCCUCAGUGGUACCCCAGCGACUCCUCUGACUCCACGCUGGGAUGCCUCCUUUCUAGUAUGGUUUCCCCUGAUAAGAGCAGGCGUACCGCCCUCACCCCCUCCGGCCCCUCGAGCGGCACAGCCCUGCUCGGCCCUAGUCUCCUGGACUGCAAUUCCCAUGACUCCUUCCAAUCCCGUGGCCUUCCUGAUGUGGCGGAGAUGGACUCUCAGCUUGUCUGCAUGAUGAGUGAGAGCAGCGUGGACUAUAUCGCUCGCUUCAAUGACCUGGCUCAGGAGCUGGCCGUCACAGAGCCCUCCAUCCCUCCUCCGUGAGGAACAGAGCCAUCUGGAGGACACAAAUCACUUUGCCUCCUCUUUGGAUGAAAGCUUGGUCUCACCAUCAAAGCCAUCCCUGCCCUGGAGUAUAAGUGCAAUAAUAACGGUGAAACCUGAGCUUUGGUUUCCCCUGAACUCUUCUUUAAAAUAAAAAGAAAAAAACACCCUUUAAAAUCAACACUUUAGAGGAAUUAACGUGUUUACAAAACACCACCUCAUGUACAUGAUAAAUACUAUGCCAUAUCUGAACAAAAGGUUUUCACCAGUCAUGUCUCAUCCUUUCCUGUAUGUCUGUGUUGUUUUGUUUCUACUCUUAUAUCAGACCCGUAAAAUGUGGAAAUCCAGCAAAAUGUGCAAAACCUGACCUUAAAAGUGGUUAAUUUAUGUUUUUUAACAAAUGGCAGCGAGUAACUGGCUAAUUAAGAUGAGGUACUCGCUAUAAUGAAGUUGUAAUGUAAAAACCAGCGACAGCAUCUUCUCAUUGUGCCCACAUUUCAGGCGUUAUUCAUCUCAUAUCGGUCCCAGUAUUUUUGGGUGAGAUUCAACAGUGCUCCCUUUGAGCUCCUUUUGUUUUCUUACAGCCACUCACCAAAUGGCAGCUUAACAAUUAACUCUGCUGAAGUGAUAUUUUUGUAGCUACUGGCUUGAAAUUACACAAAAAAA